GGGAGACACGGACCCUGCCGCUGCUAGCAAGAGGGAAGAGCGGAACCACACAGGGACAGUGAGGGGGGGGCUGCCGGCCGGAAGGGACACCACUCUGCGCGUUAGAUCUCUUCCGACUUAUCCCGUUAUCGAUUUGUGUUCAUCCGGUAAUCUCCCAAAAAGCAGAAGAAGAAGGAGAAGACGGGGGCUCGGGGGAUCUCAUCUGCUAGCUUGUAGCUUGUAGCCUGCCGCCAUCUCUUCUCCUCCUCCGCCUCCUCCGCCCACCAUGGGGAACGCGGCCACCGCCAAGAAGGGCAACGAGCUGGAGAGCGUGAAAGAGUUUCUUGCCAAAGCCAAAGAAGAUUUCUUACGGAAGUGGGAAAGCCCACCACAGAGCACAACGGGCCUCGAUGACUUUGAGAGAUUAAAGACCUUGGGUACCGGCUCGUUUGGGAGAGUCAUGCUGGUGAAACACAAAGGAGCAGAGCAGUACUUCGCCAUGAAAAUACUGGACAAGCAGAAGGUUGUGAAACUCAAGCAAAUAGAACACACAUUAAACGAGAAGAGGAUAUUACAGGCUGUGAGCUUCCCCUUUCUCGUCAGACUUGAGUACGCGUUUAAGGACAACUCCAAUUUGUACAUGGUGAUGGAGUAUGUUCCAGGAGGAGAAAUGUUUUCACACUUGAGACGAAUUGGAAGGUUCAGUGAACCACACGCACGGUUUUAUGCCGCUCAAAUAGUGCUGACGUUUGAGUACCUCCAUUCACUAGAUCUCAUAUACAGAGAUCUGAAGCCUGAGAACCUUCUCAUCGACAACCAUGGCUACAUUCAGGUGACAGACUUUGGAUUUGCCAAGAGGGUAAAAGGCAGGACCUGGACGUUGUGUGGGACACCGGAGUACCUGGCGCCAGAAAUCAUCCUCAGCAAAGGCUAUAACAAAGCUGUGGACUGGUGGGCCCUCGGAGUUCUCAUCUAUGAAAUGGCAGCUGGCUACCCUCCGUUCUUUGCAGAUCAACCUAUUCAGAUCUAUGAGAAGAUUGUGUCUGGAAAGGUCCGAUUUCCCUCCCACUUCAGCUCCGACUUAAAGGAUCUGUUGCGAAACCUGCUGCAGGUGGAUCUGACCAAACGCUACGGCAACCUGAAGAACGGAGUCAAUGACAUCAAGGGCCACAAAUGGUUCGCCACAACAGACUGGAUCGCAAUCUACGAGAGAAAGGUGGAAGCCCCGUUCAUACCAAAGUGCAGAGGCCCAGGGGACACGAGCAACUUCGACGACUACGAGGAGGAGGAAAUCCGCGUUUCUUUAACGGAAAAAUGCACGAAAGAGUUUGCAGAGUUUUAGGACGCGGGAACAUGGAUAUAUCAGGGAAAAAUAAGGGGAUCUUUGCACUCUUCUAAAGACUUGGGAAGGA